AUGGAUGCCGAUGCCGAGGAGCACAUGGAUCAUGAACAAUGGAUGGGCCAUAUUACGGAUUUACAGGCCGCCCAUUCAUCGCAUGUCGCCGGCAUGGUAUAUGGCCGGGGGAUCCAGGAGCAGGCCGGCACCAUGGCCCACCGGCGGGAGAUGUUUCGGGUUUGGGGUCCCAGCCCCCCAUCCACAUUAGGCAAGCGCAAACAGGCCCCGUGGGCGGACGAGGCCGAGAUCAGCCGGAUGGAACGGCGGCACCAGCUGGCCACCAUGGAUUUGAAGGCGGCCGCGCAGCGCAUGACCGGGCAGCCCAUGAUGUGGUUCCGGGGGGUGCAGGACCCGGCCAUCCGGGCCAUCCAGCAGGGGGAGAGCCCCGUGGUCGCGGUGAUGCCCACCGGCGGCGGCAAGAGCAUGUUGCUCAUGGUGCCCGCGUUUGCCACGCCCGGCGGCACGACCGUGGUGGUGCUGGUCCCAUUGGUUGCAUUACGGGCCGAUAUGACCAGGCGAUGCCAGGAGCUCGGCAUAUCAUGUGUGCUGUGGGAGAGCCGGCGGCCCCUGGAUGCCGCGUCCAUCGUGUUGGUGACCCCCGAAUCCGCGGUCAGUCCCGAUUUCCAGACGUUUUUGAACUGGUUGCGGUGGAUGCGGCGGUUAGACCACAUUAUGAUUAAUGAAUGCCAUGUAGUGUUGAACGACCAGCGGGAUUUCCGGCCCUAG